CUCCCGACUUUCUCGUCAUCCGUUCCGGCAUACCUGUCUACAGCCACGCCAUGGCCGACAGUCUCUUCAAUAGACCUCCUUCAAUCGCAGAGGAUGCCUUGCAGUACACAAUCUAUCCCCGAUUCGAGUCCAGCGACAGAAUUUCUGCUACCACUAUAGCCGUGGCCAUUCAGUCUUUCGUUGACUCUGUUCUUGCAGACUUCCUCUGGCAUCGUGACCCUUUCCAAAUCAAGGUCGUCAAGAACCUGGAAGGCGAUGAUGCAUGGAUGUUGGAAGGGCUAAUGAGGGUAGGAGACUCAAUAGACGACGAGUGGUGCACGGUGUGGCUCCUGCGAGAAAUUAGUGCAAAAUGGGAUCUUGCCAUAAGUGUGUAUGAUUCGGAUGGAGAGUUUCUACUGAUCGAAGCUGCCGAGUCUCUCCCGAAAUGGGUCUCGCCAUCCAAUGCUGAGAACAGGGUUUGGAUAUACAAGUCCCACCUCCAUUUGAUCCCGCUUUCGCAUGUCUCUCCACCUUCGACUGCUAGGCGGCGACGUCGUUUGCCUGGUACACAUGACAGUGAUGACGAAGGAGAACCAUCCAAUCUUGAUGAAGAUGACUUUCUGAGCACUCCAGACGCUUUGAAGCUAGUUUGGAACCCGAAUGUUCCCACUAAUGCUCCUGUGGCGGUUGAGAACGCCGUGUGGCAAAGGAUUCAAGGGUAUCCAAACUCACUCAAGAGCCACUCGCAUGCAGCUAAAGCUUACGUACCUGUCGAUAUCGCCAAGGCGCUUUCUGCAGACCCCUCACUCGUUCAAAAAGCAGUAGAGACCUUCUACACUCGCGAUGCCAUUCAACUCCGAGCAGCCCACAAAAUGUCGCGUUUCCCACCCCAGCCUUCUGUCCUUCGCGACACCAAAAUAACGCGAACGGCUUAUGCGCAACUCGUUGGACAAAAGUUUCAUCCGCCCAAGAUCUUCGGUCAGUGGCGAGAGAAAGAAGGCACCCAGGAAUGGCGAUGGAAGGAUGUUGGUAUGAAAAUUGCUUGCGGUUUCGAGAUGCUCUACCAGGAGAGCAAGGGUCGUGCCGAGUCCUUCAAAGCGACUUUAGAAAGUAUCAAGUCAUCAGAUGACGCUCGCAAAGAUGCUCUUCGGCGCGAUCCUGAAUAUGUCAAGUAUAUACAGAACCUGAUUUCUGCCGGCUACUUUAAAGGUGAAAUCGAAGGAUCACAGCUGUGGAACACUCUGGAGGACAACGCUGUCGAGGUAUUCAUCCAGACACGCCGUGAGGAUGACGCCUCGCGACCCUCCUUUGCUGUAAUGGUCAAUACUGCCGUACUGAAAGCCACGCCUGACGCGCUGGAACCUUCACUCUCGUCCACAGAGGAGUCGGAUGAUUGGCUUAACGUGAAUGCCGAGGACUUUGACACUAUGCUCGAGCAGAAGCUAGGCAAGUCUAAAGGUAGUGGCCCUCCCGCGGAAACGAACAGCGACGCGAUGGAUGUCGAUAAGACUGACAGCGUACGGGCCGAAGAGGAUCGGCAGGCCAAAGAGCAAGCCAGUCGACUGAACGACUUGGCGAAGAAGGUGGAAACCUUUUUGGACGGUAAAGGAGACGUUGAGGGAGCUAAGUUUGAAGAUGAAGAGUCUUCGGGAGAAGAGGAGAUGAGCGAUUUCAGUGACGAGAAAUUCUCCGAUUCGGGAUCAGACUCUGGCUCGGACGAUGAAAUGGACGAUGCAGCUCGUCAAGCUGCCAUGGACAAACUUGUCCCGGCCCUUGAUCCAUCUGAAUACGGCCAAAUGCCAGCUUCGUACCACAGCAACUCCCAGCGAGUUGCACCGGCGACUGUGGAUUCUGAUACCGUCGCAGAUGAGGCUGAUGCUUCAGCUACGGCGUCGGGCGCACUUCCGCCACAAAAGCCCAUUCGGCCUCCGAUUCUUCUUCGUGACAAGUAUGAAGGCGUCGACUCUGACGACGAAACCGAUGAAGAAGAAGAUCUCGCUGACGGAGAGGACGACGAGGACGACGAACGGCCUCAAGUGGUUGGUGAUAUCGAGAUCGACAUGGGCGAGGAAGAAGAGGAGUUCCUAGAAUUCUCUCGACAGGCUUUGGGAAUCACUGAUGAGCAAUGGGGAGAUAUUAUUCGAGACCGCAAGAGUCGUGGAGCCUUCGUCCCUUCCCAUGUCGUCACGGAAAGUCGCCCCACAAAACCGGCCUCCUCAAGUGCGACUGCAGGCGGUGCAGCUGACGCAAAUGAACCAAAACUGCGUACACCGAUGCCAGGACCAAGACCGAAUGCUAAUCCAAACCUCGAUUCAUUCGAAGCCGUCAUGCAAGCUAUGGACGCAGAGCUCGCACGCUCCAAAGCGCAGCGCACCCAUACAGCGGCUUCAAAGUCACCUACAGCUUCCAGCGGGAAAUCCGACAAAGGGAAGGGUAAAGCCAAGGCUGAUGAGCCCUCUUUGCCCACUAUGGACGAGUCGGAGGAUAUCGACGCGGCGAUGGAUGCGGAACUCCGAGCUGCACUUAGAAGGGAGGAGGAUGACGAAGAUAUGGAUGCGGAGAUGGACGAGGGUGUCGGUAUGGACUAUAACCUGAUCAAGAACUUCUUGGAGAGUUUCAAGAGCCAAGGGGGGUUGUCGGGUCCCGUGAGCAAUCUGGCGGGGAGGUUGCAGCCUGGAUGGAACCUACCGCGAGACGAGUCGUGAAUGUGUGAGUACUUACAACGAAUUGAUGUGACGAACGGCGUUCUUGUUCCCCGUUAUAGUUGUACACACAAUUGUAUGAGAGCG